CGCGCAACGACGUUUCGCAGAAAACGGUUUCUUGUCACUUUGGCGCCGGAGAUAAUGCGCGCAUUCUUGUGACUGUUUGUUCCUCCUAAUGAAAAGAUUUGAGUACCAAUUUAAACCUCGUCAGAGAUUGAGAUUUAUUAAUUAUCUGUCGCACAUUAAUCAUUAAUUUAACAAACAGAAGAAUCCGAGGGAAAUUUAUUUCGAAGUUUCAGGACGCAAGCGACAGUUUUGUAAUAGCGCCAUCUGUGAGUCCUUUACAAUAUUGGACAGCUUGAUAUCAAUCGUCUACUGAGCAAAUUUGUAAGAGAUGGAGCUGACCAGAGAAUUGCCACAAUCCUGUUGAAAAGACAAUCUAAUAAUGCAGUCAAACGUGAACCAAGCGAAGCCGCUUCCGUCACGGGGGCUGAAACAAGUGAAGGUUGAUAAUUGGGGAACAUUUUUCCUUCAGCGACUACAGCAGCUCUACUUCGAAGAAGAAUUACUCGAUCUUACAAUCAGAUUUCCAACCAGUGACAUUACUGUACAGGCUCAUCGCUUAGUAAUCACAACAUGUACGGAUUACUUUACACAGCUCGAACGGCAAUUGAGAGAAAAAGAUGAUAACUUUGAUGGCAUCCUUGUUAUGCCACCAGAUAUGCCUUACGAGUGUGUUAAAUCUAUAAUCAGUUUCAUGUACACUGGUCAAUUGGAGUAUUGGACUUCGGAACAAAAUGCUUUAUACCGAACAGCACAAAAGAUGAACAUGGCUGUUCUCACCAAACUGCUUGAUGCACAAUUCAAUACUUCGGAAUUACAAAUCAGUCCAGCAGCAAAGCCAAAAUCAAACAUCCAGCCCAUCAUGACUCUUCCAAAACCAGCUACCCCAACUAAAAAGGUUUUGACAAGCACCAGCCAAACACCAACUUUACCCGCGCAGCCAUUACCGGGGCGAAAGCUUCCAAUUUGGAAGAGAAAAAUAGAUUCGGCGCCAAGCACUCCGAUGCCUAGUUACGAUAUGGGAAGUUACGCAACGAAAUCGUUUCAUCAAAGAAAUUCAGAUUCGACUCCUGGUCCCUCUAGAUUUGAUGUUCCGGAAGUCGAAGACUUUGCAUUGGGAGUUUUUUCCUCCUUUGACGAUAUUACUUACAACACAAAACCAAUUGUAAGAGCACCUAGCUCCAACGAUGAAGGUGAUGAUGGAGAUAAAGCUGCAUCAAAGCGCUCAAGGGACGAAGAUGGACGCUAUAGAAAUGAUUCAACAGAGGAUGAAGACGGAGAUAAUCAUGGUGGAGAAGAUGCGGGAGCAGAUAAUUCUGAUGACGAUUGGGGAGGCCCUAAAUCGAUACUACGUCCACAAGAACCUCACCCAUCCCCAGCUAAACGAGUGAGAUUUGAUCUUGAAGAAAAAGAAAAUUUAGAAAAGACAAAAGGUGCGUCAUCUCCCACAAACUCUGCUGAUGCAAUAAGCAAUCACGCCAAGAUUAUCCGAGAAGUUCUGAAAAAAUACCCUCAUCUAGUGAGGAAUAACAAAAACAUACGCCUUAAGAUUAUGCAAAAAGAAGCAAAAUCAGCUGAAACAAACGCACCUACAAAGACCAAAGUUUCCUAUGUAGUGCUCAAAUCCGAUCACCUAAUGGGUAGCGGAGGAAAUGGCGAGACUACAGAGGAGCUCAAGGGAAGCAUUGCUGCUGAAGGGGGAGAGACGGGUCCUUGGAAAUGUAAUAGAUGUGACGUCGAAGAGGAGUAUACUAGCUAUUAUAUGUUCAGAAGGCAUAUGCAGGACGUUCAUGAAGAAAAGUUUGAUCCUAGAAUAUGUGAACACUGUGGAUACAAGGCAACAAAACGCAACAUCUUAAUGUAUCAUCUCUAUACAAAGCAUAAUGUACCUCCUCCAAAGAGUAUGAGUUUUCCUAAAUGUCAUGCGUGCUCAUACGUAGCUCUUUCAGAAAAUCUACUCGUUCGCCAUCAAAUCAAUCAUAAACAUCGUCCUGCUUCUCAUCAGCAGACUCCAGCAACUGAAGGCAUACAAUGUUCACAAUGCACCGAAAUAUUUGCUGAUGCAACUGAACUUGCUGCUCAUGAAAUGAAUUCAGGCCAUGGAAGUGGUGGAGAAAUAAGAGAUAAAGCCCAUCGUUGUCCACAUUGUGGCAAGUUGUUUGUACGGGCUACGAAUCUAGAGGUGCACAUUGACUGCGUGCACAAAAAUGUAACAAAAAACACCGAUGUUACUCCAGCGACUCCAAUUACUCUAGAGCCCUCAUCUGAAGCAGAAGCACUAAGUCACGUAGCUAGCGGUAUCGCAGCUUCCUUAGGUGUAGGUGAUGCUCAUGAACAAGUCAUUACUACAGAUCAAACUGAAUACAUUGUCCCAGCGCUAGAUAUUUCUGGUGAAAUACAUAAUUUAGCGUACAAUGGCCAGGAAGUUGGGGAGGAACAACAAAUGGUAAUGCUGAUUGACAAUAGUACCUACCAACACAUACAAGGUGGCGAUCAUCAACAGACGGUGCACCAAUUAAACGUUGCUGUAAAUGAACAAAUUGUCAUGCAAGGCGAUGAGGAUGGAAUGAUUGUAUACGUCCAUGAAAACGACGAGGUUACUCAACAACAUUAUCAAGUGGAUGAUGGCUCUGAAAUGUGUCAAGAAACUGAAGAAAUAGUGGAAGAGGUAGUAGAAGAGGUUGAAGAGGAGGUAGAAGAAUUGGGUGAAGCUGAAGAGGUAGAAGAGGCAAUGGAAGGAACAGAAGAAGUUGAACAUGCAGAAGAGGUCCAAGAAGUAGAAGAAGAAAGAGAAGAACACUCAGUCAUUGAAGAAGGAAAUGACGACCAGAGUGAAGAAGUGGUGCAGUAUGUGGAGGAGGAAACAGAAAUUCUUGAAUAUCAAGAGGAUCAAUCAAAUGAGCAAAGCCAAGAGCCUCAACAAUUGGACGGUUCAUUAAUAAUAAUGGAAGAACAGCAAGUGGAUGCAGGGGAAAUCGAAACAACAAAGGAGGAUGAUCAGCGAGAAAAUAUUCAAGCUGAUAAUCUAGCUGAUGAAUGGGAUGACGAUAGCGCAGAUGCUGGUGCCUCGUAGGUAAUGUGACCUUUUUGAUUCUCAAAACAAUUGUAAUAUGCUACGUGUAAAAUCGGAGAUGAUGAAGAUUUUUGUCUCGCUAUACCGACCGUUAAUCAAUUUCAAAUUACCAAUCUUUUUUUUAGUUACUGUAAUAUCAACAUUCACGAUAGAAAAUCGACUUUUGGAAGAAUUCCGCAUCACGAAUAACUCAUUGUUAUUUGACUCGUUUUGUAACAAAAACGGUGCAUGUCUUGUAUUCAUAAUGGCGGUGGUAGUUGAUAGACAAUUGAAAAUACGAUUUACAAGUCUAAGAUUUUCAGAAAUUGAAACUGGUAUUUCAUUCGCCUUAUUCUUCUUAUAGUAAUGAGCAAUUACGAAAUAUGUUGUACAUUUCAAUUAAACGGAAGUGCUUUUCGAAUUUAUCAGUACUUUACUUCUACAUGAAAACUUAUAAUUAAAUGAAUUGGAAGAAAAAAUAGUAUAGAGACAUUUGAUUUACCGUGGCAUUUUAGAGCCAUAAUUAAAUGACAUCAUUUUUCGUUACUCUCCUGGUUUAAUUGCUGGGGUCCAAGCCUACAUCAAAAGCGAAGUAUGAUUCAAAAAUUGAAUAUUUCCUUAAAUCGUAUGAGUUGGGCAUAUAAUUCAAUAAAUAUUCAAAUUAUCCAUAAUACCCAACCAUGAUUGAGUUCCACAGUAACAACAGACAUCAGACCAUCAAAUCAAUAUGAAAGUAAAUUUUUUUCACUCGGCAAUGCUUCUAUUGAAUGUGCAUCAGAGUGCGUGCAUUAGUUACUAUUAUUCACUUGGUAUUACAGUUUGUAUUAAAAUAUGAUUUGUGUACCAUUUAGAGCAGAAGCUCAAAAAUAACAUGCGAGUAAUGUAAUUAACGAAGCGCAAUAGAACUCUUGCAUAUACACCUUGAAGACAAGAAUUUAAAAAAUUGAGAAUUUGAGAAAUUGUCUAAUGUAAGCACAGUUUUUAAUGAUUAGAAUCACCAACUUCAGUGUGUAGUUUAAAUCUAGGAAUAAUUUUACAUAUUUAAUAUUAGGGCUGAGUAAUCAGCAGGAAAUUUGUACAUGAUAUGCAAUUUUCUUUCAUCUCUAACUGAGAUUUCAGAUAUAUUUUUGGCUUUUAUGAUCGAAAUACAAACAGAAACUCUCUUCCAUGAAAAUUGUGUACCAUUUUCAUUGCAAUAUAAUAUCAUACGUACCUCACAUUAAUUAGUCUGUCUCUUGUGUACUUUGAUAUGACUAUGUUGGCGUACACGCUUUGACCAGCAGGUCUAUCACACUUCAAUAAAAAUCGAAUGAUUCUGAAUUUGUACACCUGUUGCCGAUUAAUCAAAACAAUUUUAAUUUAUCUAAUGUAUGUGCAAGUACUCUGAGAACGAUGUCUGUGUUGUAUGCGUAUUGUCUAUUGGGAUAGAUAAAGCAUAUUUUUUUUCUCUUUUUUUCUCAUUAAAUCUUCUGUAUGAUCACCCAAUAAUACCGUUAUUGAAAUCGACCAAUUGUGUACAUGUUAUGUUCCUUUGUGGUACAAAAUUCAAAGUUACACAUCAAAUAGUACAUUAUGCAACAAGGGAAUAAAGCUGCAGUUUAUUCCCGCGGACGACUGUACUACCCGAGCAAAAUUUUCGGGAGGGCAGUAAGUCCGAUGGAAUGAUUAGUUUUAUUCCUGCAUUGCAUAUGGGACUUUAUUCCCGACUAAACUGUGAAGACCGCUUUUCGUUCUGCAAAUUUACGUUUCUUCGUAAAAUACGGGAGAAAAGUAUAGUAAGGAAUGAGAUUCAACUUUAGUCCCGCCUUCCAGGUAAAAAAAAGUUGUCUUAACGGUUGAGUCGGGAAUAAACAUUCAUUGUCGGUCAGAUUAAUACAAAACAAGAAACUUUUGAAAUUAAAGUACGAAUAACGAAUAAAUCCUCAUAAUUUCUUGAAUUCUGUAGCAAGAAAUGCUCGUCCAUAAUCCAAGCGGUCGACACAGUUGAGACUGAUAAGCGGCAUGUCAAUUGCAAGGAUUUGAAAAUAUUGAUCGGCAUAACUGUUGUAUUUUGUGGUAAACUAAUCAAAUGGCAACAUCACACAAUCAAGAACUUGCUCGUAUUACUUAUACACUUCAAAGGAGCUUGAGACUCUGGGUCAUCUUUCCGCAUAUUAUCAGAAUACAAAAACAGUUACGUUCUCCUGUUUAAUAUAGACUUGUAUGGAUCAGCAAAAUUGCUAAUUAAUUUGGGGUCACUCGGCAUAAUAGUAACUCUGUCUCAUUGAUAAUAUCCAUUUUUUGUUCACCGUUGAACGAUUUUUGUAGUGAAAUUUAUUGGAAAUGGUAUGAAUCAUUUUUGACUGGACUUUUUUUCAUUAAUUAUAUCAUCCCCCGUGGAAAUCGAAUGACGUAAAAAAUUUAGUAUUGGCUAUAUUUGAUCACAUUCAAAUGCAAAAUUCAUAAUACAUUCAACGCAACAACAGUUAUAUGUAUAUACAUAUAUAACAUGUGUGCAUCGUAAACAUAUAUUCCUAUAUUUUUGUAGCCUAUUAAGCUACCCUAGAUAAAUAUCUGCAUUUCAUUUUAUUUUUUUAAAUUGACACAACAUACCUAUUCUGUGAAGCAGCACUGUACCAAGUAUUGUUGGAAUAAAUGACAAAUGUACUAUUGGCA